AUGACAAUAAACAAAUGGGCCACAGAAGGUGGUCUCACUGAUGGUGGCCACCAAUUGAAGGUGGUCUCACAAUUACCAAAAAAAGACGGCACUCUUGGAUUUAAGAACAAAUGCAAAUUUUUAUAUGUGAAGAUGUAUCAGCCGCUUCUAGAGAGUGUGGCACUUGUGGAGGACAUUGUUUUGGAGUGUAUCACCGACCUGGUACAUAAAGCCCAAGAUAUUAAAUCAAAGAGGGGGAAGCUAUCAGUUGAAGAUUUCCCGGUUCUGAUACGCAAGGACUUGCCAAAACUUAACCGGUGUACAGAGUUGCUUUCUAUGAAUGAGGAGCUGAAACAAGCCAGGAAGGUUUUUGAGUCAGAUGAGGAGAAGUUGAGGAAGAUGAAGAUAACUAGAUCGAUUUGUGUGGUUGUUUUAUUCUACUUGCAUCUGUUCAUACUUUCUGGUCUGGUAAGAUGGUAA